AUGUUACACACAUCAAAACUUUUUUCGCAACAAGAUGUCGUUGUGCCCGAGUUUGUGCUCGUUGAAUACCCAGGAAUCAUCAACAAUUUGGAGCGGGCACUCGACACAUUAGGCGGAUUGACGACGAUAAAUCAGGCUUAUGUGAACAAUCGACAAUUGGAAUUUCGACCAACUCCCGAGAAUCCUUAUACGAGUGGACUAUCGUCGGAAAGAAGUAUUGAAUCAAAAAUCACAUCCGGCACGAUGCAUUUGGUAAUGACAGUGAGAAGAAAGAAGAAAGAUCCGACCACAAUCGAGGCAAACUGUUUGGGACUGGUUAGUCAUCUCUAUUCGUUUAACACAAUGUGCGACUUUCAGUAUCUACCGGUUAAAGGUAAAAUGGGCAACCACGGCGUGCACGAGGAUCUCAUCCCGCAGCUCAUUCCGCUCACGCUGAGAGACGCGCUAUGUUGGUGGCAAAAGCCCGACACGUCCAGCUCGACCACGCCAUUGUUUUUGCCGCCAUUUCAGUUCAGCCGAUACAACACACCGUCGCAGAAGAUUCUAUGCCGGGAAACCGAUUUCUCGAUUGAAAAAACGAGGCGAAAGACGGGCCAUGGACAAAAUUUACGAGUCGAAAGAAAAGCACUAUCGAUCACCGUUCACGCAAACGAUCCAUUUCCGGCUGAGCCGCCAGCGGAGGCUAUUGCCGAUGCUAAUAACAGAUGCAAACGUGACGAGCCUCACCGCCGCCUCGCCGAACUUUUUGCCGAACGUCCUCUAUGGACUCGGGUUGCCUGUGUGUUCAAGACGGGACUCGAAGACAACUUAUUAAAAGCCUUGCUGCAAAAAUUCGCCUUCUACAUUUCGUCGGGUCCGUGGGGACGCUUAUGGUGCCGCUUCGGGUACGAUCCACGACUUGACCCCGAAGCAAAGAAAUAUCAAACACUCGUCGUUUCGUUCAGACAACACGCACGAAUCCCUGAGCGUCAACGGCUAAAAGUGGCGACGGAGAGGAAAGUUCUACCGUCAACGGGUGAGGAGCAUGAGCCAAUCGAUUACGCAUAUACUCCAGGUCGAUUACCUCGCGUGCGUCAGAUGUGGUACUGUUUGUGUGACAUCGAGAUCGCCGAGGCACAAGAAUUGAUCGAGAAACGGCCAACACCAGAUGUCGUCACAGAUACACAUGGAUGGAUGAAUGCGGAGUCUAUGGACCAAAUUCGAAAGUUGGUGAAAGAGGAUGUCGAGAAAACGACGAAUGUUUUGGAUUACACAAUCGAGGACGCACCACAGAUGGAUGAGGAUGAAUGGGUU